CGAUGGGUCGGUCGCGCCUGCGCAGUAGGCAGCGUGGUUUUGUUUGUCUGCUCGUGAGUCCGUGUCGCCACGUUAAGAGUUUAAACUAAUAGUCUGUAUGGAGGUAAAUAUAUUAACUGCAUUCUCUCAGUGACACAGCAGCUACUAACCCUCUGUGAGGCAGCCGACAGGUUCACUUAAGUGUCAGAACCUCAAAAAAUCACUAAAGAUGCCGCUCUUUGGGAACACGUUCAGUCCGAAGAAAACACCUCCCCGCAGAUCUGCUUCCUUGUCCAGCCUUCAUACGUUGGAUAGGUCAACAAGAGAAGUCGAGCUGGGCCUUGAGUAUGGACCUCCUGUGAUGAACAUCGGAGGCCAGAGCUGGAAAUUUGAAGAGGGACAGUGGAUAACAGAAUCUGGUGAGAAUACAUCUGGCAGGGAAGUACAGAAGCUCAAGAAAAGAAAUGUCCAACUGGAGGAGGAGAACAACCUCCUAAAACUAAAGAUUGAAAUCCUCCUGGACAUGUUGACAGAGACGACUGUAGAGUACCAUCUGAUGGAGAAAGAGGUGGAAGAUGUAAAAACACAACAUCGAAGGAAGAAAUGACUGUUAAUCACACUGCAUUUUCAUCAGGAAAUGCACUUUCUAGUUCUUAUUAAACAUGUCCCUGUGAACACAAA